GUCCGACCACCUGUCCAUGGCAGGACUCGCUUUGACCCAUUUCGCUGGCGCCGCUGCUGAUAACGGACGCAAGCAGACGGAGCAGACACUCGCCAAAUGGAGGAGUUCGUCCAGACCCUUUGCUGCACUGCUCGCCGUUGAGACUUCGGGGUGCGUGGGUAGACGACGCACACUCGACAGGACCUCGAGACAAGCUGUCCCAAGUGCGCUUCUGUUGGGACGAGUGGACAGUGUGAGUCGGGGUAAGACGUUGGCGAGUGGUGUCGAGUGCUUUUUUUUUUUUUUUUGGGACCCUGGACGACAGUCGCAGCGGCUGGAGGACAUCGCAGGAUGUGUGUCAAAUGAGUUUUGUAAGCUGUAAACCAGCGGCACGAGAGUCUUAAGCAGGAAGUGGAUGGCUGUGUUUGAGUAUUUUUUGUUUUGAUUUGCAAAUAUGGACAUCGAAUGAUGAUGUAAAGUGGACGGUCUGAGAGCAAGAAGAGGAACUCCAUCUUCGCUGAUGGUGGCCAAAUGGUGGAGACUGAUCGGAUGCGCAGGAGUAUUAAUAAAGGACUGUCCUGAGCUUGAUACUACAGCUGUCGAGCGGAGCAGUAAUAAAAGGACUGUCCUGUGGACUUCAUCAGCGAUCCAGUCCUGCCCAGCGCAUGUUCUUGCAAUUCCUCUGUCCCUAUCAAGUUAUAACUUGACAAUGAUACCGCGACACCUGUACACCUGACAAACGAAAUCGAAAACCUGAAGUCCAACCGUCGCUGCUUUUGUCAUUGGGAUCCGUCAUCAAUAUUAUCGUCUGUAGCAGCAGCAGCAGCAGCAGCAGCAGCAGCAGAGUAUCUUCAGCAGCGACAUUACAACUGGCUGGCACCUGUUUCCGGGCGUCACUGACGUCAUGGCAGCUGCCGUGCAUAUGACGAGGACAUCUCCUCCCCGACUGCCGGCGAUGCACCCAGCGUUAAACCCUCACCCAUCCCUGUCGAUGAACCACCCACUCCCGCCGAUGCCCUCACACGUGGGGGAGAAAAGACAUCUUGUGACCCUCGGUUUCGCAAACCAACAGCAGCUUCCCCCGAUUUCUCUACCUCCUCCUCCUCCUCUUCCUCAGUCGAUGUACGACGAGGACGACUUCGAGGAGGAUGUAGACGAAGACGACAUCAGCGACCUGGAGGACGAGCUCCAUCGCGAGCUGCUAGCUUGCCGUUCGCUGCAACAACAGCAACAGCAGCAACAGCAGCGGGGGCAGGUGGACAUGACGCAACAGCUGCUGUCGUUUGCUGACAUGGUCAACGCCGACAUCCAAAAGUUUUUUGGCAGAAGAAAAGGCGACGAGGAUUCGUGCGACAUCUACGAGGACAAGUGGAUGGUGACGAAGUCUGGACGGGAGCUGUACUACGCCGAUCUUCUGCGAAUCGCGCAGGGCGACUACGGGGAGUCGAGGUCGUCCAAAGAGGCGGCGCUGCAGUCGUCGAAGGUGGAUCGCGAGGCGCCAGAAGACAACAGACAUUCCUUCUCGGGCAAAGCGGACGUGUCUGUCGGGCUGGGCCCUCUGAAAGAUUUGUUCGAACAUGGACUUAAACAUUACCUUCAUGAGAACAAACACAAACAUCCCGAGACACGCUCGGUUCCUUCCACCAGCCGCAAGGCAGAGGCUGAGUCCACGUUCUCCAACUUGAUUCCCAUGCAGCAACGCCGACUGCCAGACUCUUUCUGGCGGGAACCAGGUGUCGCCACCAUCGCAGAAUCUCGGUCGGAGCCUCCGACGGCUGGGGGAUCGGGCCUGUUGGGGGCGGCGACGCUGCCCGACUUCAGCGACCUGAUGGAAAGCUGGCACGGUGACCAUCAUGCUCAUCAUUCCAGUCAUCACUCUCACCAUCUUUCGCACCAGCAUCUGCACCAGCAAAACCACCAGCCCAGAACUCCUGCCAGCGAAACCAUUUCUAGCCCCGGCUCAACGGAGUCCCUUGUACAUCAUCAUCUGUAAAGGUGGCAAGUAAAUCGCCGGGAAAAAGUUAAAUUUCUGCCCGUCCGGACAAAACUUUGGUGACAUGUCUUCACUCGAAGGACCUUACGAAUGUUUGUUGUGGUGACAUUCCGAUCCGAAGAAAUGCAUGCAAGUAAAAUAAAAGCGGUUCCACGACACCCUCACAGGGUGUUCUUUUUGUAGAAAUAAUAUAGAAUAUGAUUAGUUUUCUGUUUAUUCAAAAAUCUCUGACAUCAGAGUAACAGUUUAUCGUACAAAAAUGAAUUUACUGAAUUUACUUCAGUAAAUGAAUGUGAAAUCGCACCUGUGUGUGUACACGAUAAUCUUCGUCGAAACUCGCCUCAGAACGUUAAUGUCAAAUAAUAAGAUCUUUUUUUUUUUUUUCCAGAUUCCGUGUCAAAAUAUGCAAAAUGGCGCCGUCCAAGGCCCGUUUUCGAUCAGUGUCUGCGCCAUCAGGUUUCCUGAAAUCGGCCAGUUGCAAGUUGCAAAGGUGACAUGAAGCUGUCGCUUAGUAACGCCAGUUUUAUGCAUCGAUCACCAAAGUCGGCAGCUGGGAGGUGAGUGUGAUGGAGGAAUUAAACGAAGCCCAGCGUUUAUGAGAGUGUACAGAAGACAGGAGAGUUUAGAAAAGUUAACUUGCAAUGCCCGAUUAUUUAGAGACACCAAUGUUAAUCCAAGACCGUGAAUUUCGGUGCCAAGGUUUCAUGGCAAGAAAUAGCUUGGGUGUCACUGCCCAAGCUAGGAAACCACAUCUUCAGUAAAGAUAAAAGAUCUACAUCUCGGACCGAUAUCCACCUCCUGAAAACCAUAGCUGUUGCUAAUAACUAUGGGAAGUGACAUUGGAGAUUAAUUCAUGGCUAAGAGACUAAAGUGCGAUCAAGCAGCGACGAGAAGCAACUGCAGAGGAUACUUAAUUUCCACAGACUUGUGUUAUUAAAAAAUAUUUAACAGGGCAUGGUGAUGGGGGCUUUGUAUACUGACUCAAAAAAAUUGCGUGGAUGUGUGUGUGUGUGUGUGAGAGAGAGAGAGGGUGUAUACCUAUAUAAGAGAGAGAGGGAGAGAAUAUUGUAACUUGCAUUCGUAAUAUCUAAAACAAAGUGAGUGACUGAGUGAGUAUUCAAAAACUGGAAAGUGUUAGUGUCUUCAUCGAUAUAUAUAUAUUGUAAGAGAAGCACACUGACUGACUGGCUAAGAAGCUGACGGAGAAGAGGUUUCGUCACAUGGUGCUAAACUUCAUAAACAGGGUAAAAUAUAUUGUCUCUUCAUGACUUGUAUACAAAGUUAAGUUUAAUAUUGUGCAAUGCUGUCAGUGCCAGUUGAUUGAAUUAAAAUAUGUCAUAGCUAUGUAUGGACUAGUAUGAAUAAAACAGUUUCUAUCA